GCUUAGUACUCCGUGAAAAACCAAUCAAAUUUAAUUCAAAUGUUUUAGUGGGUUGUUGGCUUGCAAUUUUAUGUACUUAAAAUAGGAAGCAGUAAAAAAAUAUUUACCUAUUCAAAAAUUCGCUGAAUUAAAUUCAAUUCAACAAGAACUCUAGUAACAUAUGACGAAUCGAACGGCGAAUGAAAGAGGAAAUACCGAAUAAUAAUAGAGAGAAGGAGUGUAGUAGCAACAAAUCUUUUUUUCAUUAUAAAGGAAAAAGAUAUCGUUGUGCCAAUUGAGUUCGAUCGUUAAAUCUGAAACUUUUGUGUUACAUAUUAUAGGCGAACUAUAGUAUGAUCGGAUUAUGUAGCAUUAUGAAUGGAAUUUACUCAGUGUUGACGUCCUACAUUUAUGUACAGCCAUACAUUUUAUUUUUAUUAUCGGUGUUUUGUGCUGGGCUCCUAUUGGCUAAUUUUCAUUAUGCGAAACAGCUAUGUGAAUUGUUAUUGUGCACCGGGAAAAGUCGUUUAAAUUUCGAUUUUGAUUAUGGUGCCCGUCGGGGUCCUCAUAAGUGGAAAGAGUUUUUCCCAGCGGCGAGAGGAUGCUACCAAUCUCCAAUCAACAUAAGAACAGAGACAACGGAAAUAUUGAAGAUUAGCGAACCGCUUAUAUGGAGGAAUUAUGAUGAUUUACCGGCUAAGGUCGCUAUAGAAAAUACGGGGCACACUGUCGACUUGAAAGCUCAUUACGUUUGUAAUCAGCCCAUCCUGAGUGGAGCUGAUUUGUUGGAGAGCUAUUCGUUUGUGUCCCUUUGCUUUCGAUGGAGCGCACUCGACAAUGAGGGAUCCGAGCACUCAAUUAAUGAUAGAAAAUACCCACUAGAAAUGCAAGCAACUCACAUAUCUAAAGAAAAUACGGAGUUUAAUCCCAGUUACAUUGGUGACCUAGGAAUUUUAGUGCUUAGUUAUUUCUUUACUAUUACGAAAUUUGAUAAUCCAUAUUUAGAUCCAAUCAUUUUGAAUUUGCAUCACAUUCGUGAACCUUUCAAACGCGUGGAAAUUCCACCUUUCCCGAUAUCGUGGCUUUGCUACCCGUUCAAGUCCGGCUUCUAUAGUUACGGAGGAUCAUUGACGGAGCCGCCAUGCAGUGAAGGAGUGACGUGGUUUGUGCAGCCAGAACCAAUGUCGAUCAGUGAAACUCAGCUAGCCGAAUUUCGACUAUUACUAUCUAAAGACCAUGCCUCGCGAAUCUUGAGGAACUCUCGGCCCGUUCAAAAUUUAAACUCGAGAAUUGUGUGUUACAAUCGUUUUGAUCAGUUCUCGCGAUUGUCCGAAACAGCAGCAGAAGGUGAUGAGCAACAAGCGCAAGCGAUAUGCUCUUAAAAAGGUAGAAAAUGGUGAAAUUCUAUAGUAAAGGAUUAGAUACUUAAUUUAUUAUUAAUAAUAAUAAUAGCAAUAGUAGCAAUAGUAAAACUCGAAAAAAGUGUAUAAAUAUGCCUUGUUUAAAAUAUAUUCCUCAUAUAUAUUAUCUGACUUAGUAGAUGUAUGUAUGUUUUGGAAUCCCCACGCGCGCGAACAAUGUUAUUUUUAUUUUUGAAUCAACUUUUAUUUAUUAUUAAACUAUUUGUUAAUGUAAAUUGUUUGUCGAAAUAAACCAGUGUGUGUGUCGAAGAUUAUACUGAAGUCAAA